AUGGCCGGUCACGCAGCUAAAUAUAUUCGUCAUGCAGCAGCAUCGGCUCCUCACGUCGAUCCACGUUUAAAGUGGACUUCUAAAUUAUUAGGUGCUACUAUGUGGUUCGUUAUUAUGUACAGAGUGAAAGAAGAUGGUCCAGUUAUGUUCGGCCAAAAAUUACCAUUUGAAAACCAUUAA